AUGAAGGCAGCCCUGACCUCGAUUGGCGUCCUCCUGGCCCUGCUUGGUACGUCCCUCCUGUGCUGGCCACAGCAGCCGCGACGACUUUUGACUUUGUCGCUCUCAUGGACCUCUUCUCCGCUGGAUGCCGGUUGGGUAACUGCGGAAAAUCCAGAAGAUGACUUCAAUAGGUGGAUGUCCAAUGCAGGCUUAGCCGCAGCUUCUCAACAGGGUCCUGCAUCGCUGCGGGAUCGUUUGGCUCUUCGCAUCUUGGCCUUUGCUGUAGAUGUGCUGCCGCCCUCUGUGCUGAAGGACUAUGCCGACGAGCUCUCACAGGUCAGUGGAAUCGACUUGGCUGCCAUGCGCCCCCUGACCCAAUCGGAGGAGAUGGUCAAGGAGGCUUUGGCGCAGCAAGCAAGCUCUGGCGAGUCCUUAGCGUCCUCGGGUGGCUACAGCUACUGGGGCUUCCUGCCGAAGUUCGUGGACCGCGUCUUUCCCAACAAGACGGGCGUGACUUGGUCGUCGCGCUGCUGGCGCCAGAUCACCGCAUCGACGGUCAAGUCAAAUGGCGGCUGGGUCUUGCGGGUGAAGGUGUCGAAAGCGAAGCAUGUGCUGUGCAACGAGAUUUUCGGCUUCUUCACUGGCGCACACUUUCGUGUCGGAUCAUUCCCGGCACCCAUCGGAGGGACCAAGACCUUCAACUUUGACAGUGCAAAGUUGACAGACAGCCAGAUUUGGGACGUGGAGACCCUCGGUAUCCGGGUGUUUACCUUCCAGGAAAAUCCAUUGGCAACCGUCAGGAACAUCUUGGAGACUGCACUCCUUUUCGUCCCGGAUCAAACACGAGGUGUCGAGUCAUACUUCGCCAAGCGGAACGUAGAGUUCCUCCGCAACUAUGUGGGUGCAAGCCUGAAGCCUCGGAAGGAUCCGGGAGGUCUACUGCUUCAUGCAUCAGACAUCCGCUCCGGGGACUUCCUCGGCGUUCUGCGGCUGGAUGGCUUGGAUCCGAUGCUCGCCUGGGGUAUGGGCUCGCACACUGGACACACAGCCGUGGCCAUCUGGGAGCAUGGGCAGCUGUAUGUGGCAGAAAGCACCAUCAACAGCUCCUACUGGCCGACGAACGGUAUUCAGCGCACGCCUUACCAGCAGUGGAUAGAGCAGGCACGUGCAGCAGGUUAUUCCACAGUUCAUGCGCCUUUGAAGGAGGAGUAUCGCAGCACCUUCGACGAGAGCGGGGCCAACGCAUUCUUCCACAAGUACGAAGGUCUGGAAUAUGGCUACCACGCAAUGCUCACAGGAUGGAUCGAUACCCUCAGGAACAACUAUCCGUGCAAGCCGCCCUAUGACACUCCGGAAGAUGAGAAGCAGUGUCUCACUUGGGAAUUCAUUGAGGUCGCCGUCCCAAUCAUCACACGGUACAUCCCCACGCUAGAGAAGCCCUUCCUGCUCACCUGGAAUCAGCACGUGACCGGAUCUUCCUUCAGUAAUCUCUCGGCCACGGAGCUCUACCGUCAAGCCACGUCCAAGGGGAUGGAGUUGGCUAAAAUCCCGGCAGUGCCAGAGCCGGAUGGGAUCCUCUAUCCGUCGGUCUUCAACAACGGGACCCGGGCAGCCUCGAUUGCCAUGGUUUGCGAUGUCUUCGUUUGUUCCAUGUGGAAAGCUGGCGGCGUCUUCAAAGCGAUUGACAACGACUUCAGCUGUAUCGAGCAGACGAACGUUGAUGUCUAUGAUCUGAACGUCUUAGAGGCCCCAUCGGCCCGGAAAGAUGCCUGCGUGCACGCAGACCCGGAGAACCCGCUAUGCCAGUU